AAGUAAACGAACAAAGAUAAUUUCUUCCUACUGAGAAAAGGAUAGUGAGAGCCACACGGUAUCUUAUCCCAUAGGCCACCAUGAACCUUCCAUUAGAAGUUGCAAUAACGUGAUAGAAAUGGCUUUGAGAUACUUUCUUUAUGGCUAGCUAUAUAUUGUGCAGCCAAUUCCCUCUCUCCAGACUUUUAAAUCACAUAACUUUUUUUUUUGUUGGGGCCAAACAAAAUUACUUAUCCAAUUCCAAAUUCACCUAUAGACUUUGAGAUCUUACCUUUCUCACUAGCCAUAUGAUGGAAGGUGAUGAGAAUAUUCAAGCAUCAAAAGGAAAAAAUGUUGAAAGCUUCACCUGCUUAGAGCCCCCCCAAAAUCCAAGGAAGAAAAACAAGAAGAUAGAAAACAAGAGAAGGUUCAGUGAUGAACAGAUUAGAUCACUAGAAUGCAUAUUUGAGUCAGAGUCAAAGCUUGAGCCAAGGAAGAAGAUGCAACUCGCAAGAGAUCUUGGCUUGCAGCCACGCCAAGUUGCCAUAUGGUUCCAAAACAGAAGAGCAAGGUGGAAAUCAAAACGCAUAGAGCAAGAAUACAGAAAACUCAAAGAUGAAUAUGACAACUUAGCAUCUCGGUUUGAGUCACUAAAGGAAGAGAAAGAGUCUUUGCAACAAGAGUUGCAUAAGCUAAGUGAUUUGAUGGAAAUAUCUCGUGAUGGUAGAAGGGAUGACAAAGUUGCCAAGGAAAACAGCAUAGAAGAUGGUGGUUCAGGAAGUGGAUACAGCAGUUGGAGGCCUGAAGAAGCAAAGCCAUGUUUUUCAAAUGAUAAAAAUGAAAAUAGAAUCAUAAGGGCCGAGAAAUCUGAGGACAAGGGACACCAACUUCUAAGAAUGGAUGAUCAUGCAGAGAUGCCAUUGGCAUCACUUGAAAAAUGGUACAGUAGUGUGGACCCAAGUGGCAUCUUGGACCAGUCAUGUAGCAGUUCUCAAUGGCUAGAUUUCUGGACUUGAAAGAGUGAACCACACUCUUGUGUUGCAUGUGUGAUGUUUCCUCCAAGAAGGAACAAAGAUUGGUUGGCUCUUAUGAUGCCAAAACAGGUCAAAACAUUCCAGCCCACGCAGGAUGUCAAAUAGGCCAAGAAACUCCAAGAAGAAGUUUUGUAGGCUUGAAUUGAUAGGAAGAGAAUUACGAUAGCCUCACUCGAUUCAAUUGUGUAGAGAUUUGGAAAAAGAAAUAAUGUGCAAUGUCUCUGGCAUGCCUUUCCAAUCCAUUUGCAUGUGUGCGUAUGUUCUUUUUCUUUUUUCCAUUUCUGGUUUUCAUUGGGUUUAAAUCUAAAUCCUCUCUCUAUUCUUAAAGGGGCCUCUCUUUUAUUACUUUAGCUAUACCCAUGUUAACUUGUGUGAUCUUUAUGACUUGGAAACAUGCAAAAUGAAUGAAUGGUAUGAAUAAGAUAUUGCUAUAGUUCCCAAAGCAGUUAUGUUAAUUUCAAAUUCGUAGCUUGUCU